AUGGAGUGGUGGCGUCAUGAGCAAGAUAAUGUUGGUGUCUUACUCCUUUUGUCAUCAAUUCAUUUUCAAACUCGGAAAUUAGACAAAAUGUCCAGCACCCGUAUGUCGGUACAUGGACUAUUAGAAAAGUCACCAGUAGCUCUUCUUGGUCCAUGGUCUGCACAUUUUUGUAACAUGGCUAUCAAGAGUAAUCCUGCCCUAUCAGAAGCGUAUUCCAACUUAGGUAAUGUAUUUAAGGAAAGAAAUCAACUUAAGGAAGCCUUGGAAAACUAUCGAUAUGCCCUUCGCUUGAGACCAGACUUCAUUGAUGGAUAUAUCAAUUUGGCGUCUGCAUUAGUUGCUGCACAAGAUUUAGAAGGAGCUGUUAAGGCUUAUGCUACUGCGUUACAAUAUAACCCGAAUUUAUAUUGUGUUCGCAACGAUUUAGGAAAUUUGUUAAAGGCUUUAGGCCGUCUAGAGGAAGCUAAGGCAUGUUACCUAAAGGCUAUUGAAACCCAACCCAAUUUUGCUGUCGCAUGGAGUAAUCUUGGGUGUGUUUUUAAUAGUCAAGGCGAAAUCUGGCUUGCUAUUCAUCAUUUUGAAAAGGCUGUCACGCUAGACAACGGCUUUCUCGAUGCAUACAUUAAUCUUGGGAAUGUACUUAAAGAAGCGAGAAUAUUUGAUAGGGCCAGUACUGCCUAUUUAAGAGCUUUAAAUUUAAGCCCUAAUAAUCCAACUGUUUUAGGAAACUUAGCUUGCGUUUAUUAUGAGCAAGGUCUUAUGGAUCUAGCAGUAGAUACUUAUAAACGUGCUAUUGAACUGCAACCAAAUUUUCCGGAUGCGUACUGUAAUCUAGCGAAUGCCUUAAAGGAAUUAGGGAAAGUAACUGAAGCUGAAGAGUGCUAUAAUACUGCGUUAUCUCUUUGUCCAACUCACGCGGAUUCGCUAAAUAACUUGGCUAAUAUUAAAAGAGAGAAAGGACAGAUAGGAGAAGCUUCAAAAUUGUAUAGGAAAGCGUUAGAGAUAUUUCCGGAAUUUGCCGCUGCACAUUCAAAUUUAGCUAGUGUCCUUCAGCAGCAAGGAAAGCUACAAGAAGCUCUAGCUCAUUAUAAAGAAGCGAUAAGAAUCAAUCCAUCCUUCGCUGAUGCGUAUUCAAAUAUGGGAAACACGCUAAAGGAAAUGCAAGACGUUCAGGGUGCUAUCCAGUGCUAUACAAGAGCCAUUCAAAUUAAUCCUAACUUUGCAGACGCUCAUAGCAAUUUGGCUUCCAUUCAUAAGGAUUCUGGUAGCAUUCCAGAAGCUAUAGCCAACUAUCGAACUGCUCUCAAAUUGAAGCCUGACUUUCCUGAUGCUUUUUGCAAUCUUGCGCAUUGCUAUCAGAUUAUUUGCGAUUGGGCCGACUAUGAAUUACGGAUGAAGCGCCUAGUUUCCAUUGUACAGGACCAACUGGAAAAAGGUAGAUUGCCUUCGGUUCAUCCUCACCAUACCAUGUUAUAUCCUCUUGAUGGACAUACCAGGAAGGCAAUAAGCAAUCGCCAUGGAAAUCUUUGUUUAGAUAGGACCGCAACUAUACAUAAGCCUCCAUACAAGUUCACACCUAAUAUAAUUCUGCCAAAUGGGAAGCUUAAAAUCGGAUAUGUUUCGUCUGAUUUUGGCAAUCAUCCAACUUCUCAUUUAAUGCAGAGCAUCCCAAAACUACAUGACCGUAGUCGUGUUGAAGUCUAUUGUUAUAGUCUCACAGCCGAUGAUGGUACGUCAUUUAGAAAAGAAAUUUCGCGUGGCUCCGAUCAUUUCGUGGAUCUUUCACAGGUUCAAUGUCACGGAGAUGCUGCUGACCGAAUUAAUGCAGAUGGCAUACAUAUAUUGUUAAAUAUGAAUGGUUAUACAAAAGGCGCUAGAAACGAAAUAUUUGCUCUUCGCCCAGCCCCUAUUCAAAUGAUGUGGCUAGGAUAUCCAGGCACAAGCGGUGCUGCAUUUAUGGAUUAUAUUAUUACCGACAAGAUCACAUCACCAAUGGAAUACGCAGAUCAUUACUCGGAAAAGUUAGCGUUCUUACCAAAUUCAUUUUUUAUAGGAGAUCACCGCCAUAUGUUUGCUCAUUUGUCAGUACGUGCCACAGAUAACGGGAGGGAUAGAGUUAUAAAUCUUUCAGAGGGUUCUGCACCUGACUUAGACAUGAAGGAUAUCAUUGAGGCUCAAUUAAGAGAAGCUUUAAGUAAAAUUGACAAUACUUCCAGCCAUAUUAAUACUAGUACUAAUUUAAUUUCUAACGGAACAUUGGGAAGUAACGCUGUGAUUCCAAAUGGUGGUCCAAUUAUCAAUGGCAACGGCGACUCUGUACCUAAUGGACCCGGCGUCAAUGUUCCUUCUGGAAUGGUAUUAACGACUAGGGCACAAUAUGGUUUACCAUCGAAAGCAAUUAUUUACUGUAAUUUCAAUCAACUGUAUAAAAUAGAUCCCAAAAUCCUUGAAACAUGGGUGCGUAUAUUAAAGCGAGUGCCUAAUAGCAUUUUAUGGUUACUACGAUUUCCUGCUGCUGGAGAAGCUAUGCUAAAGAAUACCAUCUUAAAGAUGGGCCUGCCUGCGGACAGAGUUGUUUUUACAAAUGUUGCACCCAAAGAGGAACACGUGCGACGAGGACAGCUUGCAGAUAUCUGCUUAGAUACUCCAAUGUGCAAUGGACACACUACUGGCAUGGAUGUUUUGUGGGCUGGAGUGCCUAUGAUAACUAUGCCAAAAGAAACUCUCGCCUCACGUGUAGCGUCAUCUCAGUUAACCUCUCUAGGCGUUUCAGAACUAAUCGCAAAGGAUUUAACUGAAUACGAAGACGUUGCGGUUAAAUAUGGCUCUGAUAUUACGAGGUUAAGAAAGUUACAAGAUAAAAUUUGGCAACUCCGUCAUAAGAGCACGUUAUUUAAUACCAAGACAUACUGUCAAAAUUUAGAGGAGCUGUAUGUUAAAGUCUGGGAUCGUUAUUCCCAAGGUCUUGAACCUGACCAUAUUAUAUAUUAG